AUGCCAAACCUGUCCAAGAAGGGCGACAUCAUGAUUGGAGGGAUCUUCCCUGUGUUCAACAAACAGGAGGAUCUCAAUGCCUCCUAUGAAACUAUUCCACCUUCAGUGACCUGUGUUGGAUUUGACCUCCGUGCCUUUCGGUGGACACAGAUGAUGAUGUUUGCCAUUGAUGAAAUUAACAAAGACAACAGCUUACUGCCUAAUAUAUCCCUGGGAUAUCAAAUCUAUGAUUCCUGUGCUUCUCCAACUAACAGUCUGCGGGCUGCACUCACACAGCUAAAUGGGCAGAAGCAGGAAGUGUCUGAAGCAGAAUGUUACCCCCGGUUAUCUGCAGUCAUUGCAGAGUCAGGGUCGUCCCAGUCGAUAGCAAUAGCUGGGGUACUUGGGCCAUUCCAUAUGCCAAUGGUCAGUUAUUUCUCCACAUGUGCCUGCCUCAGCAACAAAAUUAAAUAUCCCACAUUUUUCCGCACCGUUCCAAGUGAUUACCACCAGGCCAAAGCUUUAGCAUCUCUUGUGAAGCACUUUGGAUGGUCCUGGGUAGGGGCAAUUCAGUCUGACAAUGACUACGGACGAAAUGGUCUCCAAGCUUUUUCUGAGGAAGUUCAGAAAAUAGGAGUGUGCAUUUCAUUUAUUGGAACAAUCCUGAGGACCUACCCCAGAAGCAAAAUACUCAGAGUUGUCGAAACAAUUAAGCAGUCAAGCACAAGAGUCAUCCUGGCAUUCGUCCCUGAGGGUGAUCUGUAUCCUUUGAUGAAAGAGAUUGUGAUUCAGAACAUCACCGGCAUUCAGUGGAUUGCAAGCGAAGCUUGGGUAACCGCAGCAAGGCCAUCCACCCCAGAGAUUUUUCAGUCUUUUGGAGGUGCUGUUGGAUUUGCUACUCGUAAAAUGGCCAUUCCUAACCUGAGAGACGUUCUUUUAAACAUAAGACCCUCCUGUGAUCCAGGAACUGUGUUUGUGAAUGAUUUCUGGGAAACCAUUGUGGGCUGCAAUCCCUGUGUGAAACCAGGUACAGUGAGUUCCAUAGCUUGCAAAGGAGAUCAGACAGUGGAGCAAUCACAGCAUCCUUUCUUCAAUGUCACCGAACUGCGAGUGACGUAUAAUGUACACAAAGCUGUGUAUGCCAUUGCUCAUGCUCUACACAGCCUGAUUUUCUGUGAGAAGGGAAAUAGAAACGAUCGUACCAAGCAGUGCAUCAAUAUCUCACAAAUAGAGCCCCUGCAGGUCAAUGAUCACCUAAAGAAAGUAAACUUUGUAAACAGCUUUGGGGAGACGGUGUUCUUCGAUGAGAAUGGUGAUCCCCCUCCUACAUACGACAUCAUCAACUGGCAGCUGGUGGGAGAAAAGGUGGAACAUGUGACUGUCGGCUACUUUAAUGCUGACGGAUUGCACAUCAACGAGGAGAACAUCAUCUGGAGCACUGGCAGCAAAACUGUCCCUACAGGAGUGUGUUCAGACAUCUGUUCCCUUGGUAAGAGAAAAGCACAAAUCAAAGGAAAACCAUCAUGCUGUUUUGACUGCAUUCCCUGUGCUGAUGGAACAAUAGCCAACAUAACAGGUGCGGCCGACUGCACUCCCUGUCUGGGGGCCUACUGGUCCAAUGAUGCGAAAGACAGAUGUGUUCCAAAGGAAAUCGAGUUCCUGUCCUACCAGGAAACCAUGGGCAUGACUCUGACUGCGCUGUCUCUUAUGGGUGCAUGCCUGGCAUUCGCAGUCAUGCUCGUCUUCCUUUACUUCAGACACACCCCUAUCGUGAAGUCAAACAACUCAGAGCUCAGCUCACUCCUGCUACUCUCCCUGCUGCUCUGCUUCCUCUGCCCCUUUCUCUUUAUCGGCCAGCCCACUGUCCCGUCCUGCAUGCUUCGCCACACUGCCUUUGGCCUCACCUUUGCCCUCUGCAUCUCCUGCGUCCUGGGGAAGACCAUGGUGGUGGUGACAGCAUUCCGGGCCAGGCUUCCUAACAACAAUGUGGCCAGGACGUUUGGGCCAGUGCAGCAAAGGAUCAUAGUAUGUUCAUGUACCGCAGUGCAGGUUCUCAUUUGCUUUCUGUGGCUCACCCUUAAACCGCCAUUUCCACAACAAAACUUCAAACUCAGCAACAGGAAGAUUGUUCUGGAGUGCAACUCAGGGUCAGAAGUGGCCUUCUAUGCAGUCUUGGCCUACAUAGGCCUUCUCUCUGGAGUCUGUUUAAUGCUGGCAUUUUUAGCCAGAAAACUACCUGACAAUUUUAAUGAGGCCAAAUUCAUCACAUUCAGCAUGCUCGUAUUCUGUGCUGUGUGGAUCACCUUUAUCCCAGCCUAUGUCAGCUCACCUGGAAAGUAUACAGUUACAGUUGAAAUAUUUGCAAUUCUCUCCUCAACAUUCGGCUUACUGACUUGUAUAUUUGCACCAAAAUGCUAUAUUAUUUUGAUUAAACCAGAAAAAAAUACAAAGAAGCAUGUCAUGGGGAAGUUGUCCACAAAACAUUUAUGA